GUGUGAGUGUCUGUGUGUGUGGCGCGGCCCCGUCAGCUGGUCCGUCUCCGUCGCCUCCUCGCCCGGCCGCCUCUGCCGCCGCCGCCGCCAUGAAGUUCGUGUACAAGGAGGAGCACCCGUUCGAGAAGCGCCGCUCGGAGGGGGAGAAGAUCCGAAAGAAGUACCCGGACCGGGUCCCGGUCAUUGUGGAAAAGGCGCCCAAGGCCCGGAUAGGAGACCUGGACAAGAAGAAAUACCUUGUCCCAUCAGACCUCACAGUUGGGCAGUUCUACUUCCUGAUCCGGAAAAGAAUCCACCUCCGAGCAGAGGACGCCCUCUUCUUCUUCGUCAACAACGUCAUCCCCCCAACCAGCGCCACCAUGGGGCAGCUCUACCAGGAACAUCACGAGGAGGACUUCUUCCUGUACAUUGCCUACAGCGAUGAGAGCGUCUAUGGCAGCAUGUAAGGCGUUCUUCCAGCCUGCUGCCACCAGGGGGCAUGUGCUCCUGAAGGGACCUGCACUUUUUGUUGUUGUUUGUUGUUGAUUUUAUGUUAAAGAGCCUUUUUGUCCCAGGAAAG